AUGAAUGUCGAGAGUAUUCUAGCAGCUGGGAGAUUCAGGGUGCUGAAUGAGCCGAGAGGGUUUAUAAGGAUUCUCCAGUGGGUUUUGGCUAUUGUCGCCUUUGCUACAUGCUCUGGUUAUACAGAAACUCUUACAUUUACGUCUCAUUGUAUUCCCGCUGGAGAAGAUGAUUCUGAAGCAAAAGUGACCGAUCAAAAGAUUAUAAUCGAGUACCCGUUCAAUAUUGCCAAAUCAAACAAGGACUUUCACAAAUUUGACGAUUCCUGCGAAACUGAAAUUCCUGUCACUCUUGCUGGAGAUGUCAGUCCAUCUGCGUCUUGGUACGUUUUUGUGGGAGUAAUUGCGUUUCUGUAUUGUAUGCUGGCUCUUGGAUACUACGUUUUCAUGGAACCAAAUCUUCGUGAAAACGACGAAAUCCCUGCUUACAACAACGUCGAUCUUGUCAUCACUGGCGUCCUCGUCUUCUUCUGGCUUACUGGUACAUCGACUAUGGCGUGGGGCAAGAACCAGCUCGACUUUAUCCUUACCCACGGAAACAUCGUCAAAGAAGCGGAACUCAAAGAUUUCUGCGAGAUCCCGAAUAAAUGCACAGUCACGGCGGCAACUUUUGUCAAAUUAAACGCGUCGGUUGCAUUUGGCUUUUUGAAUUUCUUCUUGUGGCUUGGAAGUCUUUGGUUCGUCUGGAAAGAAGCCUCCUUCUUCAAGCGAGCACCUCUGGCUUCUUCUCCCCCAGUUACCGCCUAA